CAUCCGAUGAGGAAAGGUGACUGAUGCGAUUGCCUUUUUGCUUGCCCGGCUGCAUCACCUCUGCAGGCACCAAGAUGCAGGAGACUGCAGGUGCCCAAAUGCUGAGGGCUUUAAAGCAUUCAGCCCUUUGCCUGAUGCUACUGCCACGCUUCCUUCUGGCAGCGCUCAUGCUGUGGCUUCUAGAUUUUUUGUGCAUCAGGAGAAAGGUGUUGCAAAAAAUGGGAGAGCAGACUGGUGGACCUGACGACCCGCCGGUGUGCGUAUCCGACUCGAACAAAAUGUUCACCCUGGAGUCUCUCAGAGCCGUGUGGUACGGCCAGAAAUUAGACUUUUUCAAAACGGCGCACCUUGGACUUUUUGCGCCCAACACUGAAGUGGUACAGCUUCAAGAGCAAAAAAAGGUACGAAUCCUAGACUACAUGAGAGGGAGGAGACCGCUUAUCUUAAACUUCGGGAGUUGUUCUUGACCACCGUUCAUGACGCGCCUUGCCGCGUUUCAGCGCGUCGUCAAUCAGUACGCGGACAUUGCCGACUCCCUUCUGGUUUACAUUGAGGAGGCGCAUCCGGCGGACGGCUGGGUGAGCUCAGACGCGCCCUAUCAGAUCCCCAAACACCGGUGUUUGGAGGACAGACUGAAAGCGGCUCAGCUGAUGCACUCGGAAGUGCUCGGGUGCAGCGUGGUGGUGGAUACUAUGGACAACUCGUCCAACGCUGCAUAUGGAGCCUAUUUCGAGAGACUCUAUGUGCUGAGAGAGGAGAGAGUCGUGUACCAAGGGGACCGGGGCCCAGAGGGAUACCGGAUUUCUGAGCUCAGAAACUGGCUCGAGCAAUACAGGAAUGGUCUCCAGAAUUCCAGAACAGUGGUGCUCCACGUCUAAUUUAUCAUCUCCAACUGCCAACAUCCAUCCCAGUGCGCGCUAAGUGUCUACAGUGACGAAAUAUUAAGAUGCUGCUUUAAACUGUUAUCACUGCACACAGCCUACGUUGUUUUGCUCCAGUGUCCAGCAGCAGGAAUAUUCAGCAAAUAUCAAUCUUGUUUAAAAAUGUGAAGUUCUAGGUCGUUAGAUUGUUUUUUUCUGGAGCUGUCAAACUGAUAUAAACCUGUUCAAAUAUUCACUAUUCAUAAACCAUUCUAUGGUUAUGAGCAAUUUAUUUUUUAUACCGUGUGUGUGUGUGUGUGUUUGAGUGAGUGUUUGAGAUUGAGAGAGUGAGCAUGGGAAACAGUGACUGAAGCUAAAACCUUUUACUCCUGUGUUCUUGUGAAGUUCGGCUUUUAAAAGGUUCAGCCAGAAAACCGAUACUGAUGUUAUCAACACCGGAGUACUUGGCGGUCAGCUGGAGUUUAUCCCUAAUGAAAAACUGCCAAACUUGUAAAUUGUAAAUAUAUUUUAUUGAACAGAUAUUUUUAAUAAAUGUUAGAACA